UUAUCUCUGUAUCUAGAAAUGGAGGAGGAGGAUUUAAGUGAAAGAGGACUGACAAUUGCUUCAAUCAUGAAUCGAGUCAGAGACCUGAAAAAUAAAUAUAAAAAUGAAGACAAUGUUACUGAUGAGCUUAAUUCUACUAAAAUCUCAGCUGAUACAACAGAUAACUCUGGCACUGUUAAUCAAAUUAUGAUGACUGCAAAUAAUCCAGAAGACUGGCUGAGUUUCUUGCUUAAAUUGGAAAAAAAGGGUACAUCUCCAACCGAUAUUAGUCUGUUGAAUAGAUUGAUUGGCCGUUACAGUCAAGCAGUUGCUGCACUACCUGCAGAAAAACACAGCCAAAAUGAGAAUUAUGCCCGGAUCCUAGUGAGAUUCGCUGAGUUGAAAGCUUUUCAAGACCCAGAGGAGGCACGUGACCAGUUUCAUCUUGCCAGACUGAACUGCAAGAAAUUUGCUUUUGUGCAUGUAGCUUUGGCACAAUUUGAACUGUCACAAGGAAAUAUAAAGAAGUGUAAACAGAUUCUUCAAAAAGCUGUGGAGUGCUAUGCAGUUCCACCUGAUAUGUUGGAAAUCGCUCUACAGAAUUUACACUUGCAGAAAAGACAGUUGCUUUCAGAUGAAGAGAAAGAGAACUUCUCGGUACCAAGUACACAGGGAUCUGGACCACAAAACAUGGCUGGACAUCUCCGGAGUAGGAAAAAAAGUGAUUCUGGUGACAUUUCUUCUUAUGCCCACAGAUCUCCUUUUUGGGAGAACAGCAACUCUCCACCAGACUUCGAUGCAGUCCCCCUCGCUGGCCAAAAUCCCUUAAAGCAAUCAAACAAAUCUACCCAGGUCUGUCCAUUUGGGAGAGUUCCUGUUAAAUUAGUAACUGAUAGUGGGGAGACUGUGAAGAAGAUGGAUGUUCCACUUACAACUAGUAUUACAAAGAGGCAGCUAUCUGGCUCUAAACGCACAGAGUUGAUUAUGCCUUUUUUACUGCGUGAACCAAAACAUAAUGAAGAUGAUUCAUAUGACCCGGGUUACUUAAAGUCCUUACAAGAUGAAAGCUGUGUACAGUCACACACAUCAGCUGAAGAGAGUUUAGAAACUGCAACCGAAUCAACCGUAACCCUAAAAAAUAAAACAGAUUCAAGUCUUGCAACAAAAAGAAAAGAAGAAAUAAAUAUGCAGCAUCAGGAGCCAAAGAUGUCAGAGUUGAGGUGUCCAGAAAGUCAUGAGCAACAGUCCUGUUAUCCUGGGAGUAACAGAAAACAGGUGGAUCAGUUAAAACUAAAUUGUGCUCAAUCUGCAAGGAAAUGGGAGAUUCCAGAAGUGAUACACAAGAGCUACACAGAGGGAAAGCGAUCAAGUUUUGAACAGCCUAUCCUUCCCAUUUCUAAAAGAUCAUCACCAGUAGAAGCUGUUCCUAAAGGAAAAGAUCCAGUGUUUUUUUGUGGAACACCAAGCAACAACACAUUGAAAGAAUAUAUGGCCUGUUUCAGAACUCCAGUUAUAAAGAAUGACUUCCCACCAAGGUGUCAGGUAUCCACUCCAUAUAACCAAGUUCCAUAUUUCCAACCACAUACACCAGCAACUCCAUUUCAAAGCCAUGUGGGCUUACAGGUUUCAGCUUCUGUGCCUUCAAAUGAAUGCCUUACUGUUAAAGGAAAAGUGUACACCGUAUUAAAACAAAUAGGUAGCGGUGGCUCGAGUAAGGUGUUUCAAGUAUUGAAUGAAAAGAGACAGUUGUAUGCUAUCAAAUAUGUGAAUCUUGAGGAAGCAGAUCAACUGACUGUUGAGAGCUAUAAGAACGAAAUUGCUCAUUUAAAUAAACUACAGCAACAUAGUGAUAAGAUCAUCCGACUUUAUGAUUAUGAAAUCACUGAGCAGCAUAUCUACAUGGUAAUGGAAUGUGGAAAUAUUGAUCUCAAUAGCUGGCUUAAAAAGAAAAAGACCAUUAAUCCAUGGGAACGAAAGAGCUACUGGAAAAAUAUGUUGGAAGCUGUUAACACAAUCCAUGAACACGGCAUUGUGCACAGUGAUCUGAAACCAGCAAACUUUUUGAUAGUUGAUGGAAUGCUAAAACUAAUAGAUUUUGGUAUUGCGAACCAAAUGCAGCCAGAUGUGACAAGCAUUGUUAAAGAUUCACAGGUUGGCACAAUUAAUUACAUGCCGCCAGAGGCAAUCAAAGAUAUGUCUUCCUAUGGAGAAAAUGGGAAAUCUAAAUCAAAGAUAAGUCCCAAAAGUGAUGUUUGGUCAUUGGGAUGCAUUUUAUAUUCUAUGACUUAUGGGAAGACACCGUUUCAGCACAUAACAAAUCAAAUCACUAAACUUCAUGCUAUAAUUGAUCCUAGUUUUGAAAUAGAGUUCCCCGAUAUUGCAGAGAAAGAUCUCCAGGAUGUGUUAAAGCACUGCUUAAUAAGGAACCCUAAACAAAGAAUAUCAAUUUCUGAAUUGUUGACUCAUCCAUAUGUGCACAUUCAAACCCAUUCACAGACAGGUGGUCUGAAUACAAAAGGAACAACUGAAGAAAUGAAGCGCAUCCUUGGCCAACUUAUUGGUCUGAACUCUCCUAACUCUAUCUCUAGAGCUGCUAGAACUUUAUACGAGCAAUGCAACAGUGGUGAAAGUCUUGAUGUAUCUGCAUUUACAAAACCUGGCAGUCAAACACGGAUAAAGAAAUGACAUGCAAUAAUGCAUUCUUUACUAGAAAUGUGUAAAAUAAAUUUCAUAAAAAUACAUAUUGAGCUGCUCUUUGCGGGGGAAAGGCACUGACAGCAUAAACAUCCUAUUUUUAAAGUAAUGUUAUUAUCUCUGUUGCUAAUAAUGCCAUAGACUAUUGAUACAGAAUUAUUUAAAACUCUAAUACACUCUUUGCCAUCUACUGUUUGUUUACCAUUUGCAUAUCAUUCUGGUUAAAUAGUAAAAAUGAGCUAGUCCAUCAAGCUUUAUGGUUCUGAUAGUGGCACAAGAUUAUAGUUUUUAUUAAAAAUAUUUGUAUAGCUAUGUCUAAAUUUAAAAAAAAACAACCUUUUGAUGAAACUUUAAAAAGAAGGGGGAGGAUUUUUAGAUUUCUAUAAAAACCAAAUUGUGGAUCUGAAGCAAGGACUUUGUCAGGUACAAGUACACUUAGAAGGUAUAUUCUACAGUUUUGUUUUUUGUUAAACAUAGUCAAUAUCAGUGACUUUCUUUAUAUCAGUGGAUUGUCUUAGACUUUCAGAAAACAAGUGCUUCUGUAAUAUAAAAUUGCUAAAACACAGCAUUGUUGGUUGAUGCAAGUAAAUCUUAACAUCCUGGCUUGAGAUGUUUAGUUGUAAUUGGAUGAUAAAUGGCACACUGGAGGUAUUGGUAAAACUCAGAAGAACAUGUAAAUAAAGUGGCACUGUAUACAAUUGAUUCCUUGUAAACUCAAUUUUCUAGAUGAUGCUUUUUUCCUAAGAGAAAAAUAUUCUAAGAAAAAUACUUAACUAGUUUUUUUGGUCAGAAAAUACCUAACAUUUAAUACUAGUUUUAAAGAAACCUCUUCAGUUAAAGCACUGUUCUGAACUUUGUGUAAGAGGCUUUAAAAAGGUGGUAGACCUCAGACAAUGAGCUGAAAUAAAAAGUCCAAAGAGGAAGCUUGUGCCAUGAUAUUUUAUACUUUUUUGCUGUUACACUGUUUUGAAUAUGUACUGUUGUAAACAGUAGCUUAGAAACAUUUUUCAAUUUUAAAUACUUAAUGAAUUUUAAGUGUGCUUAAAUAAAUUAGUAAGAGUAAU